AUGUGUAUUGGCCACAAUCAUUAUCGUAUCACUGAUACGUUGAUCAAUGAUUUAACAAUAAUCUAUGCUACUACUGCAAUGAAAUCAUGUCAAAUUGAAAUUUAUUCAAAUUAUACGGUAAAACAACCAGUAGCAGCAACAGCAACAACGACAACAACAACAGCAGCAACAUCAUCUGGUAGCGAAACAGAUAUAUCAACAUCUACAGAGAAUCUUUCGCCUGAAGAACGUUAUGUAUUGAAAACAAGCAUUAGACAAGAACCACAAGGUGAAGAAACAUAUUUUGGUAUCGAUUGCUUAUCAAGACGAUCAUCACAAUCAACAUUGAAUAAUAAUAAUAAUAAUUUCGAAUACAAAUACAUUGAUUAUACAUGGAAACAACAACAACAACAACAACCAUCAAUAAAAAAUAAUCUAAUUACAUUAAUGGCAGUUAAUGAUGAUAAUCCAUAUUCAAAUCUUAAUCUAUUGAAAUUUCAUAAUAAUAGUUCAUCCGAUCCAUUGAAAACAACAACAACAACGACAACACCGACACAAGCAAAGUCAUCAACAAUAACUAUGGUUAAUAAUUGUGCUGGUGCUGGUGGUGGUGGUCCACAGCUAUUUAUCAACAACAACAACAACAACAACAAUAAUAAUAAUGAAUCUGUGAUAAAAUUUCAGUCAUCAUCAAUGAAUAAUGAUCAUCAAUCCACCACAACAACUGCCAUUAAUCUUCAACAACCAAUGUUAAAUGAUUAUCUAAAUUCAUUGAAAAAGAAUGAUUCAUUUAUGUUUAAAAAUUUUAAUAUCGAUAGUUUAGUUGAUCUACCUCUACCAACACCACCACCACCACCACCACCGCAAUCACCAUCAUUGGUACCGCAGAAUUUGAAUCAUAAUUCAAAUUUGUCUCCUCGUCAUCAAUAUGAAAAAUCAUGUAAUCUAGCAAUGAUGAUGAUUAUGAAUAAUGGUACAAAAUCAUUUUCAGAAAGAUUUACGAUAUCAAGAUCUCAUCCGGAUUUAUCAAAAUUUUCUGAUGAUGAAAUGAUGGCCAUUACUACUACUACUAAUAAUAAUAAUAAUAAUAAUCGUAAUCAUAAUAAUAAUCAUCCAUCAUCAUCGAAUGCCAUUAUGUCAUUUAUACCUGGAUUCAAUAAUAAUCAUCAUCUUAACAAUGGUUCAUUUCAACACCAACAACAACAACAACAUUUAUUAUUGAUUGAAAAUACCCAAUUACGAAAUGAAUUGGAUUUUUGUUGUAAAAAGAUGCAAAAAUUUCAAAAGUUGGAAUCUGAAAUACAGAAAAUAUACCAGUCAUAUGAUGAACUGAUGCAAAGUUCAGAAAAAAAGGAAAAAUUCGAACGUGAAGCCCGUUAUAAAUUGGAGAUUGAAGUGAAAAAAUUACAAAAACAAAACAAAUGUCUUCAAGAGCGAUUAGAUUCGAAUGUAACGAAAAAAAUGAAUUAUGAAGAAUCAGAUUAUGAAAAAGAAUUGAAUAAAAGAGGUGCAUUGAUUUCUUAUUUAUUGAUGAAAAACAAAGAAUUAAUUAAUUAUAAAGAAAGACAAGAAAUUGAAUUGGAAGCACAACGAUUAACAUUACAGGAGCAAAGAAAUCAUAUUGAAAUAUUGGAUACGGCAUUGAUUAAUGCACAAAAUAACAUUAUGACCCUUGAGAAUGAGUUACGUGCCAAACAAGGAUGGGAAGAGAAAACGUUGUUUCUUGAAAAAGCAUUAUCCAAUCUACAAUCGACAAAUGAAAGACGUUUACAGAUGGAAAAACGUAUACGUACUUAUCUGGAAAAAGAAUUGGAAAAAUAUAAAAAUAUCAAUAAAAACAAUAACAGUAGUGAUGGAUCAACGACCACCACUACUACCAUAACAUCAAAUAAUACCGGUGAUGUUAGAAUGAAUGGCAAUAAUAAUCAACAGCAACAACAAUCGACAACCAACAACGGUGAUGAUCUAGAUACAUUGAAAGCAUCGAUAGUAAAUUAUGAAAAAAGAAUUAUCGAUCUUGAAGCUGAAGUUUCUAAAUGGGAACAAAAAUAUAUUGAAGAAAAUACAUUAAGAUCGAUUGAAGUUAGUGCUGCUUCGGCACCAAAAGAUGCAAAAAUUGCUGCACUUGAACGUACAUCACAUGAAAGUGAAAAAUUAAUUGCUGAAGCACGUAAUGAACGUUUAAAACAUAUGGAUGAAAUACAUAUUGCAAAUAAAAAAUGUGCUGAACUUGAAAGUCAAUUGAAAGAUUUGAAUUUUAAAUUGGCUGAAAAAGAGACAAUUAUCAAUGUUUUACAGAAACAUUCCAAUGAUAGGGAUGCUGUAUUGCAGAAAACAUUACGUUUUACUACCACCGCCGCUAGCUAAUAAUAAUAAUAAUGUGUGACUGUAGCAUCGGCACGUCAUUCAAAAUCUGCAAGUUCAAUGGGAUUAGUUGUUGGUACAGGUACCGGUACCAGUAACAGCAGCAGCAGCAACAUCAUCAUCAGCAGUAAUAAUAAUAAUAAUAAUGGAUCAAAUUUGAUUAAUAAUAAUGUAAACAAUAGUGGCAAUAAUCAAAUGAUGAAAAUCAAUAAUCUGGAUGAACAAAUCAAAGAAAUUGAAUCAUCACAGCUAACUAACAAGGACUCGAUAAUCAAUGCUUUACGUAAUGAAAAAGAAAGAUAUCCAAAUCAUUAUAAUAAUUGGAGACUUUGAAUUUUGGCUAAUUUUGGUCAUUUAUAUUUAUGUGUUUAAAAUGUUUAUGUGAAAACAAAAACCAAAAUGCAAUAACUGGGACAAAUUUAUGGAAAAUUGGAAAAUUUCCUGUAUAAAAAAAGCU